AUGGUGGUUAGGGAAGGAUCAAGGAGUCUUCCUGACUCUAUGUCGUUCACGAGCACGCGACGAUCUAACCGAUCCGGGUCUCCUUCUUCGAGACAACGGCCUACCUGGCGAAGGGCUCUUCCUCGAACGACCUCUCACAAGCAAAGGGGUCUCGCAAAGGUGCACGAUAAGGGUUCUUCAGAUGGACAGAUGACAACGACUAGGUCAGAGGCAACGCCUACUAGAGCUAUACCGAAGUAUACCACUACAAGUAUCUUAGUAACUCAGGUUGAAUGGAUUGAAUUGAGCGCGACGCUCCGUUCUGUUGAUCCCUUAAGAAAUAAACUUAACUCCUAUAUUAAGAUAUACUUUUCUAAGAAGGCAAGGAGUAUAUAUUUAAAUGAAUCUAAGGACCUUAUAGCUAUUAGGGAGCUAAGUUUUAUAAUUAUCAUUAGUAUUAGAAUCUUUAGGUUUAAUAUAACAGAAGUAAGGUUAAGAUUAUACUUGACUAUUAAUAGAGAUAUUAUAGAGCUUAUAGAUACUAUUAAGUACUAUAUAAUAAUAAAGAUAUCUAGAAUAGGGUUACUUAAGAAUAUUAGUUUAGGUUUAGCUUUAGAGAGGGAGGAAGCAGCAAUAAUAUUAAGGACUUUAAAAGGCUUUAAGAUUAAAAGCAGAUUAUAUAUAAAGGCUUCUCUAGCAAAGAGUAUUAUAGUAUUAACAAAGAUAGAAUCUAUAGAGACUAUAUUGGUAGAGUAUGAGUUAGAAUUAGUAGAUAGUUCAGUAGAUAAGAGAUCUUUAGUAUCCCUAGAGACUAUAUCCUAUAAGAUAAGAAGUAAUCUAACUAAGGAAAGGUUUAAGUUAGAUAUAAUCUUAAUAUUCUGA